AUUAUGUUUGCCCAACUGGGAACUUCAGUUGGCUCUCACUUCGCUCUUCUGCAACAAGCUCUGCCUAACAACGAUCUCCUCGUGAACAGCAGCGACAAUGUCACCAAUCGAGAUUCGAAUCGAUCCAAAGCGCGUCAUCUCAGAAGUUGACCCGCGCAUCUAUUCUGGCUUCACAGAGCAUAUGGGACGAUGCAUCUAUGGCGGGCUGUACGACCCUGGCUCUCCUCUGGCAGAUCCCAAGACCGGUUUCCGGAAAGACGUGCUCGAAGUGAUCCGCUCGUUACGAGUCCCGAUCGUGCGCUACCCGGGAGGAAACUUCGUUUCCUCCUACAAGUGGCAGGACGGGAUCGGACCGCGUGAACUGCGCCCUCGCAGGCCAGAGCUUGCGUGGCUCGGGGAAGAGAGCAACCAGUUCGGCACGGAUGAGUUUAUGGCUUGGUGCAAGGAGGCGGAGGUGGAACCUUAUAUUUGCCUGAAUAUGGGCACGGGAACGUUGGAGGAUGCAUUGGGUUGGGUGGAGUACUGCAACGGUACCUCCAACACCUACUGGGCGAGCCAGCGCCGGAAGAACGGCCAUCCCGAGCCGUACAAAGUGAAAUACUGGUCACUGGGGAACGAAGCCAGACCAUGGCAAGUCGGCCAAAUGACAGCCGAGGACUACGCCAAGACUGCCUUCCAGUGGGCUAAGGCGCUCAAGUUGCUCGACCCGAGCAUUGAGCUCAUCGCCUGCGGAGAAACGGGGUACGCAGCCUGGGAUAGGGACGUGCUCAAGGUGCUCGCCCCGAUGGUGAAAUACCAUUCCCUGCAUCAGUACACCAUCUCCGCUGGUGAUCAUAUGGUUAACGUCGCCGGCCCCGCAGGCGCAGAGAAAGGGAUCCAGAUCACCAAGAGCCUAAUCGAGUUAGCGCGAAUCGAGAACUCCGUCCAAGAGCCCAUCACGAUCUGUUUCGACGAAUGGAACGUCUGGGAUCCGAAGAGGGCUAUCGGCUCCCAAGGCGCGGAAGAGCACUACGACCUCUCGGACGCGCUGGCCGUCGCUUGCUGGCUCAACGUCUUCAUAAGGCAAGCAGACAUAGUCAAGAUCGCUUGUAUUGCGCAGUCCGUGAACGUCAUCUCCCCUGUGAUGACACGCCCCGAUGGGUUAUUCAGGCAAACGACCUUCUACCCUCUGUUCCUCUUCGCGAACUACAUGCGCGGCUCCUCCCUCCAGGUAUCUGUCUCUUCCCCGAUCUAUACAGGGAAAACGAGACCAGAAUGGAUACAGCACGUCUGCCCGCCUCCGUUCGUCGACGUUUCGGCCGUCCUGUCCGAAGACGGGAAGGAGGUCCGCCUAGCAGUGGUGAACCGGCAUCCGGAGGCCGACCAGGAGUUGGAAAUCCACUUUGCGGGCGUGGACGUUGGUGCUGCUGUGAGGGUGUAUGAGGUGUGGCAUGAGGAGGGACUGGGAGUGAGGAACUGGUUUGGGGAGGAGAGAGUCCGGGUGGAGGAGAGGAAGGAGCAGGUGAGGGAGAAGUUGAGGGUUAAGAAACACUCGUUUACCCUUUGGUGUUUCACCCUCCUGGGGGCCUGA